AUGUCGAUUCUUCCUGAAGACGAAAAUCAUAUUCAACAAUUGAUGACAAGAACAUCACUUCAACAAUUACGUACAAUUAGAAAUUCGUUUGAUGAUGAUCCACCACCUUAUCCUGGUCUUCAAAUAACAACAAAUAUUCGUCCUACAACUACAUAUUUUCUUCCAAAACGUUCGUCGAAAAUCCAUGAUCAAAUCAUUUCAAUAUCAAAUGAUGAAUAUUCCCUCGAAAGGCAAUUUUUUGAAGGAUUUUAA